CACUUCAUACUACAAUUCACGAAGUUGCGCAUAUGACUUGCCCAAUACGACUCUUAUUUGAAAGCAGCUCUUCCUGGGCGUGAGUCGUUUCUAUUUAUGUGCGUAUUGUACGGCAAUCAUGCUGCGAAAUUCUCGCUGCGUUGCAGUUGCAUGUGCUACAUAAACAUGUAGUGUUCGCCCCGCCUUGCUUGCUGAUCACCAUUAGCACCACCAUGGGAUUGGAAUCCAUUCAAUUCUGCGGGUCUCCUUGUGGUGAAAUCGUCCAGAAAACGUUUGUGCACCCUGAACUUGCUGCUGAUGAAGUCGCGGUGAAGGUCACCCAUAGUGGUUUAUGUGGCACCGAUCUUCAUUUUGUGACGACUGAUAUGGUGUUGGGACAUGAAGCUAUUGGUAUUGUCCACAGCAUUGGUUCCGACGUGUCUGCAGUGAAGGUUGGCGACCGAGUAGGUUGGGGAUACCCGAAUUGGACUUGUGGGAAAUGCGAAUGGUGUUUACGGGGAGAAGACAAUUAUUGUCCCAACUGGAAAAUAUACGGCUUAGCAGACCUCGAACAAGGGGGUCUCAGCAGCGUGUCUGUACGCAAAGAGCAGUGGCUUUUCAAAAUUCCGGAAUCUAUGAGCUCUGAAGACGCUGCUCCCCUCAUGUGUGGUGGUUCCACGGUGUGGACACCCCUUGUGAACCAUGUAAAACCCUACCAUCGUGUGGGGAUAGUGGGAAUCGGUGGUCUUGGACACCUUGCUAUCCAGUUUGCAGCAAAAAUGGGCGUCGAAGUCGUAGUCUUCUCAGCUACGGAAUCCAAACGUGGCGAAGCUUUGCAACUCGGAGCCAAGGAAUUCUAUCUCACCCAGAAUAUCGACGAUUAUUCGGCGCUUGGGAUCACUAAACAAAUAGAUCGCCUCAUAAUUUGUACAUCAGCCAAGUUGAACCUGGGGUUGUUCUAUCCAAUUUUGAACGCGCAGGCAAUGAUCUUCCCUCUCACUGCAUCAGACGGUGAACUCACGGUGCCAUAUUUUGCAACUGUUCGGAACGGAUUGCAUAUUUCUGGAAGUGUGAUUGCGACGAGAUUUAUGCAAAAAAAGGCCUUGGAGUUUGCUGCUCGAAAUGGUGUUCACGUCAUUGUAGAGAGAUUCCCUAUGACGCUAGACGGCGUCCAGGCUGCUAUGGCGAGACUCAGAGAUGGGAAGAUGCGUUAUCGGGCUGUUCUUUCUUGGAACAACAACGACUAGAAGGGAGGUCGAAUGAGUUCUAUAGUAUUAAAAAAAAGUCACAU